AUGGGAAAGGGGACGGGAACGGGGGCCGCCGGCGGCUGUCAGAGCGCUGGACGUGAGCGGCGCAGUCGGGAAGAGGGAGGCGACGGCGGAGGCACCAUGCGGCGGCUGCUGCCGGCGCUGCUGCUCCUGGCCUGGCCCCUGCCGGGGGGCUCGCAGGACCCCCAAGCCGUCUGCGCGCCCGACGGCUGCUUCGUCGCCUAUCUCCAGCGGCGCACCUUCCUGGAGGCCUGGCACGGCUGCCGCGAGCUGGGGGGCAACCUGGCCACGCUCAAGCACGCCGAGGACGCGGCCCAGGUGGCGCAGCUGUUCCGGAGCGACGCCGCCGCCGCCAGCGAGCAGGCGCCGCGCCUCUUCUGGAUCGGGCUGCACCGGCAGCCGCGCCAGUGCUUCCCGGCGCGCCCGCUGCGCGGCUUCACGUGGACCACGGGCGAGCAGGACACGGCCUACACCAACUGGGCGCGCGCGGCCGGCGCCGGCGGGGGCCCGGGCAGCGCCGGGUGCGCGGCGCCGCGCUGCGUGGUGCUGGACGCGCGCGACCUGCAGUGGCUGGACGGCGCGUGCACGGUGCCGGUGGACGGCUACCUGUGCCGCUUCGCCUUCCGCGGCAUGUGCCCCGCGCUGGCGGACGAGCCGGGCGCCGCCGCCGUCAGCUACAGCACGCCCUUCGGCGCGGCGGGCGGCGCGCUGCGCUACGUCCCCUUCGGCUCGGUGGCGGCCGUGGCGUGCGGCGGCGCCGGGCCGGCCGUGUCGCUGCUGUGCCUGCGCGCCGAGGACGGCGCGGCCGCCUGGUCCAGGCAGGGCCCGCUGUGCGCCGAGGAGGCGGCGCGGCACAGCUGGUGCGAGGGCGACAACGGCGGCUGCCAGCAGCUGUGCCUGGACGAGGGCUCGGGCUACGCGUGCGAGUGCCACGCCGGCUACUUCCUGCUGCCCGACGGGCACUCGUGCUCGGCCGACGACGCCUGCCGCGGGCGGCCCUGCCAGUUCGGCUGCGCGGCGCACGAGGGCGGCUACCGGUGCCAGUGCCCCGCGGGCUUCGAGCUGGGCGCCGACGGGCACCGCUGCCUGGACGUGGACGAGUGCGCGCGGGAGGCGCCCUGCGAGCAGCAGUGCGAGAACACCGAGGGCUCCUUCGUGUGCCGCUGCCGCCUGGGCUUCAGCCCCUCGGACGAGGACGACGCGGGCCAGUGCGUGGACACGGACGAGUGCCGCAUCGCGGGCGUGUGCCAGCAGAUGUGCGUCAACUACGUGGGCGGCUUCGAGUGCUACUGCACCGAGGGCUACGAGCUGGAGCCCGACAGCAUCAGCUGCCGCCCCGUCGCGCGCCCGCCCCCGCCCGCCACCCCCGGCGGCGCCCCGGACCCGGCCGCGGACCCCGGGCGGCUGACGGAGCACCGCGGACACAGCCUGGUCGCCUGGGACCGCCUCUCGCCGGCGCGGACGGCCCCGGAGCUCCUGCCGCCCUCCGCCCCGCCCACGGGCCCCCGCGGGACCCCCGAGCAGCUGGCCCGCAGCACGGCCGCCCCGGAGGCGAGCUCCCUCCCGCCGGAGGCCCUGAGCACGGCCUCGGACCCUCCCGCGGACCCCAGCCCUGCCCCACGGCUCUCCACCGAGCCCCCGAGCACCCCGGGCGGGAGAGAGGCCGGAGCGCCCCGGACCCCCUCUGCUCCCACCGCCGGCCCCCCGCCGCCCCCGACGGAUUCCUCGGGCGGGGAGCAGGGCGCGGUGGUGGGGGGCGUCCGGGCGCUGCUCCCCACUCCGGCCCCCCCCAGCCUGGCCCCGGAGGAGGCGCUGGGGCGGCAGCGCAGGGACGACCGGUGGCUCCCGCUGGCCUUGGUGGUGCCGCUGUGCGUCCUCCUGGUGAUCCUGCUGGCGCUGGGCAUCGCCUGCUGUGCCCGCUGGGCGGCCCAGGCCAAGACGCGGAGCGUGACCCAGUGCUACCGGUGGGUGAUCAGCUCGGCGGGCAAAGGCGCGCCCCCGCCCUCCCCCCGGCCCCGGCAGCCGGCCACGUGCCGGACCAGCGUCUGA